GCUAAGCUUGACGUAAUUGGCGGAGGAGCAGCGAACAGGGAGCCCGCUGCUGCCACCUCAACAUGGAGUAGCGACACCCGACCGUUAGCUGCCGAACAGCGGAUCCCGGAGAGCGGAACCCCGGCCGUCCUGUUCGGCGUUUUACCGGACGGAACCGUCGCCGAACCCAGCAGCCGUUUGUUCUGAAAGUCUGAGCGAAGCCCCGGCUUUUGAUCGAAAGAUGGCGAACGACUCCCCAGCUAAAAGUCUGGUAGAGAUAGACUUGGCUUCAUUGCGGGAACCAGCUGGGAUAUUCGAGCUGGUGGAGGUGGUUGGAAAUGGAACCUAUGGACAAGUCUACAAGGGGCGACAUGUCAAGACUGGACAACUGGCUGCCAUCAAAGUUAUGGAUGUCACAGAAGAUGAGGAGGAGGAAAUCAAACUGGAGAUCAAUAUGCUGAAGAAAUAUUCCCACCACAGAAACAUAGCCACCUAUUAUGGAGCUUUUAUCAAGAAGAGCCCCCCGGGUCACGAUGACCAGCUGUGGCUGGUAAUGGAGUUCUGUGGUGCCGGUUCGAUCACAGAUCUGGUGAAGAACACGAAGGGAAACCAGCUGAAGGAAGACUGGAUCGCUUACAUCUCCAGAGAGAUCCUCAGAGGCCUUGCUCACCUACACGCCCACCACGUGAUCCACCGUGACAUUAAAGGCCAGAACGUUCUGCUGACAGAGAACGCUGAAGUUAAACUGGUGGACUUCGGCGUGAGCGCCCAGCUGGAUCGCACAGUGGGGCGGAGAAACACCUUCAUCGGGACUCCAUAUUGGAUGGCGCCUGAGGUCAUCGCUUGUGAUGAGAACCCGGAUGCAACCUAUGAUUACAGAAGCGAUCUGUGGUCUUGCGGCAUCACAGCCAUCGAAAUGGCCGAAGGAGCGCCGCCCCUUUGUGACAUGCACCCCAUGCGUGCGCUCUUCCUCAUUCCACGAAACCCCCCACCGAGGCUCAAAUCCAAGAAAUGGUCCAAGAAGUUUUUCAGCUUCAUCGAGAGCUGUCUGGUGAAGAAUUACAUGCAGCGGCCCCCCACAGACCAGCUGCUGAAGCACCCGUUCAUCCGAGACCAGCCCAACGAGAGGCAGGUGCGCAUCCAGCUCAAGGACCACAUCGACCGGACCAAGAAGAAGAGGGGCGAGAAAGAUGAGACGGAGUACGAGUACAGUGGCAGUGAGGAUGAGGAGGAGGAUCCUCCAGAGCAGGAAGGAGAACCGAGCUCCAUCAUCAACGCAACCGAGUCCACCCUGCGACGCGACUUCAUCCGCCUGCAGCAGGAGAACAAGGAGCGCUCCGAGGCCAUGCGUCACCAGCAGCUCCUCCAGGAGCAGCAGAUGCGGGAGCAAGAGGAGUACAAGCGGCAGCUCCUGGCAGAGAGGCAGAAGCGCAUCGAGCAGCAGAAGGAGCAGAGGCGGCGGCUGGAGGAGCAACAACGAUGCGAACGGGAAAUGAGGAGGCAGCAGGAGCGCGAGCAGCGGCGGCGCGAGCAGGAGGAGAAAAGACGAAUGGAGGAGAUGGACCGCAGGCGAAAAGAGGAAGAGGAGCGCAGACGCGCCGAAGACGAAAAGAGAAGGAACGAUCGGGAGCAGGAGUACAUUAGACGGCAGCUGGAGGAGGAGCAGCGACACCUGGAGAAGCUGCAGGAGCAGCUGCUGCGAGAGCAGGCCAUGCUGCUGGAGUUCAAGUGGCGGGAGCUGGACGAGCAGCGCAAAGCCGAGAGACUGCAUAAGCGGCUGCAGCUGGAGCAGGUGUACCUGCUGUCCCUGCAGCAUGAAUCCAAGCAGCAGCACCCUGCUGACAGGACAGCCCCCUCCUCAGAGCCCAGCCACACUCCCCAGGCUUUGACUCUGCCCCCGGCCUUCUUGCCGACCCCACGGGCUCAGGUCAUCGACGCUGUCGUUUCUCUGGCCUCUGAGCCCCCCAGAGUCCCCCAGAUUACCCCCUCAGACAGGACAGUGCCUGAGAAGACUGACGAGACCAGUACCAGACAGAUUUCUCCCUCCCAAACCCCCCAGCCCUCUGUAAGCGAAACCCCCACCGACUCUAAGAGUCCCAAGGCAGAAAGUCUGGAGCCUGACAGGAUCUCCGAGCCUGUCAGGCUUCCCAUUCAGCCUAUCAGAGAGGCGGAUGAGCGCUACCGUAAAAACAUCCAGGGCUCCCCGCAGGCCGCCCCUCCUCCCAAGCAGCCCCCUCUGCCACCCCGAUCCUCCGAACCCUUCUCCAACGGCGGCUCCUCCUCUGAGGCCAUGCACCGGCCCAUGGAGCCUCAGGUCCAGUGGUCACACCUGGCCGCUCUUAAGAGCAGCAACAGCGCCACCCCCUCUCCUCCUCCGCCUGUUGUCGCUCGCUCCCAGUCCUUCAGCGAAUCCGGUGGCGUGGCGUCUAACUUUGCACAACUCCACCUGCGCUCCCAGGACCCCCACCAUCAACACCACCACCACCCAUCGCCUGCAUUCACUGACCCCCACCCCCAACCUCCCCUCCACCACCCCCAGGCUCAGAAUAGGCUGGAACACCAGUCCAGCAGUGAAGAGGUUCCUCCAAAGGUACCAGUGAGGACAACAUCCAGAUCUCCGGUUUUGUCGCGGCGAGAGUCUCCUCUGCCAACGCAGCCCAACAACCAGAGGAACGCCGUCGGGAACAUGGAGCAGCGCCCUCUAUGGGACAGGGUGGAGAAGCUGCAGUCCCGACCCGGCAGCGGCAGCUCCUCCAACUCCAACUCUCAGGCCAGUCCCGGCGAGCGUUUCAGACCUCGCUGUGAGUCCCCUGCUUCCUCUAAAUCUGAGGGAUCGCCUCUCCAGCGGCCCGAAAACCUCCCCAAAAAACAGGACGAAAGGAACGUGGCCCGGCCGACGCGACCCGCUGACCUGACGGCGCUGGCUAAGGAGCUGCGUGCCGUGGACGACGUGCGGCCCCCCCACAAGGUCACAGACUACUCCUCAUCGAGCGAUGACUCGGGCACCACGGAUGAGGAAGACGACGAGGAGGUGGACCAGGAGCCAGGGGACGAGUCCACGUCGGGGGCCGAGGACUCCAGAGCUGGGAGGCUCAGAAACGGGGAGGCAGACUCUGCUAAGACCAUGCUGGUGGAGGACUCUGAGAGUGAGCAGGGCACCACCCCCUCCAAAGACGGGACCCUGGUCAUCAGACAGAGCACAGCUGACAUAAAGCGGUUGGUCAAUGUCUCGUCUUCAUCAUCCUCCUCCUCGCCCGGCUCCGGUCGUGGCCCCCCAGAGAAAAACGGCCGCAUGUACCACCUCCCCGACAUUAUUCAGCAGAGCCAUCAUUCCUCCCCCCCCUCCACAGCCAGCUUCUCCUCCUUGUCCUCCUCCUCCUCCUCCUCCUUCCCCUCAUCAUCUAGCCAGGCCAGUCUUGGCGUCUCCUCACAGAUCUCCUUGGAGGAGCUCGUAGCCGUAGAGUCGCAGUCAGAGAGCAACUCCAUGUCCAAACACAAGUCUUCCUCUUCGUUCACUCCCUUCAUCGACCCACGCCUCCUCCAGAUCUCUCCAUCAGGCGGCAGCUCCCUCAACAACAUGGCGGUUUUUGGACAAGAAGGCCGACCCGCCGACCCACUGCGCUCUGACCCCUCCCGUAAAGGCUCGGUGGUCAACGUCAACCCUGUCAACACUCGUCCGCCCAGCGACACUCCCGAGAUCCGCAAGUACAAGAAGAGGUUCAACUCCGAGAUUCUGUGCGCGGCGCUCUGGGGGGUGAACCUGCUGGUGGGGACAGAAAGCGGGCUGAUGCUGCUGGACCGGAGCGGUCAGGGUAAGGUUUACCCGCUGAUUAAUCGACGCCGCAUCCAGCAGAUGGAUGUCCUGGAGGGACUCAACGUCCUGGUAACCAUAUCAGGUAAAAAGAACAAACUGCGAGUGUAUUACCUGUCGUGGCUCCGAAACAAGAUUUUGCACAACGACCCAGAAGUGGAGAAGAAGCAGGGCUGGGUCAACGUGGGCGACCUGGAGGGCUGCGUUCACUACAAAGUCGUAAAGUACGAGAGGAUCAAGUUCCUGGUUCUGGCUUUGAAGAACGCUGUGGAGGUGUACGCCUGGGCGCCCAAACCCUACCACAAGUUCAUGGCCUUCAAGUCGUUUGGUGACCUGGUGCACAAACCUCUGCUGGUGGACCUGACUGUGGAGGAAGGCCAAAGGUUAAAGGUCAUCUACGGAUCCUGCUCGGGCUUCCACGCUGUGGAUGUGGACUCGGGCGCCGUCUACGACAUCUACCUCCCCACACAUAUCCAGACCAGCAUCCAGUGCCACGCCAUCAUCAUCCUACCCAACACUGACGGCAUCGAGCUGCUGGUCUGUUACGAGGACGAGGGCGUCUACGUCAACACGUACGGGCGCAUCACCAAAGACGUGGUGCUGCAGUGGGGAGAAAUGCCGACUUCCGUGGCCUACAUUAGGUCAAACCAGAUCAUGGGCUGGGGCGAAAAGGCCAUCGAGAUCCGCUCGGUGGAGACGGGACACCUGGACGGCGUCUUCAUGCACAAGCGAGCCCAGAGACUCAAAUUCCUCUGUGAAAGAAACGACAAGGUCUUUUUCGCCUCCGUGCGAGCCGGAGGCGCCAGUCAAGUAUACUUCAUGACGCUGGGACGCUCUUCCCUCAUGAGCUGGUGAAGGACGAGCCGCAGCCAGAGGAACGCAGAACGAAGACUUUUGGAGGGAGGAGCUGGAGAAACUCCGCCUCCCACCACCCAUUUUGUGAAUCCAGAAACGUAGCGGAGGGGACGAACGGCGGCGCGCUCUUUGCCCUCCCACAAGCCUCCUCCUUACCCAAGCCUUGCUGCCCAACCUUCCUCCACCUCCACCGAGGGCUGUGGUGUCUGUUUUUGUCAUUGUGAACCUUUGCGUCUUGCGGGCGAAGCCUGCCGGGAAAAAAAGGCCGUCACUGAAUACUUAAACGUGCCAGGAAGCGGAUUGGCCCUAUUUAGGCGAAGGUUUCCAUGUGAAGCAUGUUACAUCUGUUGGGUUUUCCUCUCUUUAAUGGUGCUUGACGUGUUAAUCUGCCUCCUCGUCUUCACUUUUUUGCCUUCAUCUCCUUAAAGUGCAGACUUCUUCUUAAGGGACCUUGGUAGAUUUGUUUUUUUUUUAUACAGGGUACUGGUUAUCAGCUACAAAUCUCUGCAGGUUUCUCCGGACUUUAAGUUUUUUAAAAUUUUUUACCACAUUGCCUCAAACUGCAGGUUCCGUUGGACACGUGUGGCCAGGUUUACGAUGACUUGAUGCUUUGGCGUUAUGAAAAAUUAGCCCCAUGUGAUGAUUUUUUUUUUUUAUAUACACUGUAUGUUUUGUAUGUGACUUGCGAUGCGGAGCCGUAAAGGAAAAAUCCACACAGUCAUCUGUAGCGUUUUCGUUUUUUUUUUUAUAUUAGUUCGUUUUUUAGUCUAAAAAUCAUGUUGGAGUCAGGUUUAGAAAUGUGGGGUUUUUGACUUUAUGGCCGCGUCCUGGUUUGGUGAAACUGUGAAGCAGACGAGCAGAACUUAGCAGAUGGUCGCUAAAGUAGCUGCAGGACAGGAUGGGAAUUUGGUGGGAGGCUUUAGCGUAACUUGAAGCUAAAGUUUCCGCCGCCUGAUGAUUAUUUCUGAACACGCGUUCCAGAAAUAUUCCGCCCUCGGAGCAUUUUUACUUUAAAACCAGCCAAUGGAUUCAAUAUUGGACCUCUUUUCUUCUUGGAUUUUAGAUGGAAAAAAAAGCGUGUAGAUUUAACCAAAACUUCAUCUGCAAAUCGGCUGUUUUUACUGUUUUGAGUCGACCGAACGAUGUUUUUUUUUUCCUGAUGUGGAGCUCAUCUCUGCUCCUUUGGAUGAGCGACGCUUGGAAUCUUUUCUCUCGUGGUGCGUUCACUGUCUGAGGGAGGACCUGCACAGUUUCCUGUGCAGUGUAUUUUGUCUGCACAGAGUCCCAGCAAACGGUUAAUCUGUGAAUCACCGCGACGGCGUUCCACUUGCAGUGUUACAGAACCACUGGUUUGAAGUAAAGUAGCCUGUUUUAAACUGAGUUUUUACCGUGUACUCCUUCUCAAGUAUGAGGCUGCAGUUUUUUAACCGUAGUGCACACCUUAUGUUGAAAAUGUUUACAAACCAUUUGUUUUGUCAAACCAAUAUACGCCCAUAUAUGGAUAUUUAUGUUGCUGUUUUUUUAGGGCAGUUUUUUCCCCCCAGUUUUGUAUUUUUUACCUUUUUUGUACCAUAAUUUAGACGUUUGUGUUUCUCCAUAUUUUAGAGUGUCGUUUCACUGAUUCUUCUAUAUCGUUCCGCACAGUGUGCCGCUGGUGGCGUUGGAUUAAACGCUCCCCGCCGCCCCAGUUGAAGCGCACCCCCUCAAACGUCUUUGCCAUGCCUCUAAUUUAUGUCUUCUCUGUGUGUACUAUGGGAAUUGCUGUAUAUUCCUGAAGGUUUUUUCCCCCUUGAAUAAAAUCAAAAGUAAUUUACA